AAGCUAUAUGCAGGCUCAAAAGCCGAAAACCUUAGCUGAAGGCUGAAGAAACUUCUCGCUGAAGGCUGUGAAGAUGUUUUGCGCUUGCUGCGAAUCGGGCGAUGGAAACACGGUGGAGGAAGUGGCUGCCUUGCCCAGCCUGGCAAGUGACACGCCUCCCACACCAAAGGCAGCUGAAAAGCCAGCUGUCGAGGCUCCUCCUUCCUCCGGUGCUUCCUUCACCUUCAGGCUGCCAGACAACACCUCAAAAGAGGUCUUUUUCACCGCGAAGCCCUUGGGUUUGGAUUUCAGCAAGUCGAUUCCGAUGAUCGUGAAGGCCGUGAAGAAGGACUCCGUGGCCGAUGAAGCGGCCGUGCAGGCCAAAUGGGUGGUGACGCACGUGAAGGGCCAGGAGAUGCCAACGGAUUUGAGGGAUGCCAUGACAGCGAUCCUGAUGGCGGUCAAGGAUCUUCCAUCGAAGAAGGAGUGAAGAUCUAUUUUUUGUCAAUUCUUUGAAAGGCCGCUGGCUUUGAAGGUACGUGUUUGAUCAAAGAUCGCAACGGUCAUCACAAGAUCAAGCAAGAGCAUGAAGAAUAGUGCACCAUGAACGAUGUUUGCUCGAGAAACUUGGCCCUGUAGUCUUUCUCAGGGAGCACUGCACUCAAGCAUUUCUGAUGUUUUAAGAGAGCAGCACCAUGUUUUUCACCUAUGUUCCGGGUCACCCAAGAAGUUUGCAUCUUGCUCAGCCUUAUCAGGCAACAUGUGGAACAACUAUGAACCAAUUAACUGCGCCUUUGGGUGACCUGCACUGAGACUCCAUUUGGCACCUGAUCGGAAUGCACUGCGAAAAGCGGAGCUGAGACGCGAACGCC